AUGUGGGCUGAAUUGUUUGAAAUUCAUGCUCACGCCACUCAAGUGCUCCACCACAUCAUUCCUCAAGUUGGUAUGGAGCCUCCUGCACGCACCGAUCCUUCCUAUACCCGGUGGGCCACUCUUGACUCUUCUGUCAAACAGUGGAUUUAUUCCACCAUGUCCUUCGAUCUUCUCGCCACUGUUAUGGAGAAAGGUUCUACUGCUAUGGCUACUUGGAACCGUAUAGCUUCUAUGUUUGAGGACAAUCAGAACUCUCGUGCUGUCGCUCUCGACCAGGAUUUCAUCUCCACUCACAUGGAGGACUUUCCUAAUGUUUCAGCCUACUGUCAGCGUCUGAAACAUAUCUAUGAUCAGUUGAGGAAUGUUGGUGCCCCAGUCAAUGACCAUCGUCUUGUUCUACAAUUGGUCUCUAGUCUCACUGAGCCUUUUCGUGGUGUUGCCACCCUGAUCCGUCAGAGCGAGCCUUUGCCUCCUUUCCUCAAGGCCCUGCCUCUCAGACUUCCAAACGGGGAUGCCUCUCUUGAGAUGUAA